AUGAUGCAAGAUGAAUUGAUCCUGAUUGAUCAACUCGAGGAUCAGAUAAUUGACCAUCCUGAUGCAUCAACGGAGAAGGAGUUGCAUGAAUCUCUUGACGAGACAUUUCAAAAGAAACUAAAUGCUCGUGCUGAACGGCUCCCUAAUGAUGGCGCCAAUAGCUUGCACGCUCAUCACCACCACCAUCACCAUCAUGAGAGCAACAGCAGCAGCAGUGGCAGCAAGAAUGAUGACAAUAGCACUGGAGGCAGGAAUGAUGCUGAUAUCGCUGGUCCUCAAAUUGGAUUACUGUUUUUGAUUACUAAGUCACAUUUGCAGUAUGAAUAUCAAGAGAUCGGAUCGUUGGAAACUGAAAUUAAUGAAUGGUUUACAUUGAAUGAUUUGAAGAUCUUAGGAGGAUUAAGUAAUAUGUACCAGUUGUAUGAGAGGAGUCAUGAAGGAAAUGAUAUCACUUUGUUUUUGAAGAGGAACAUUGAAGUUAUUGACGAAGCUAACUUGCUUGACACAAAUGCAGCGGUGUCGAUAUCACUCAAGAUAUUGUUAUAUUUUGCAUUUGGAGAAUAUGCCACUAAGAAAACUCGACAGCAGCAGUUGGAUCAGAUUAAGAAGAAUAGUUUUGUGUUGUUACAAUUACAAGUUUACAAGCCUUUGAUUAGGUUGAUUAAAGAUUUGGUAGAUAAACGAAUUGAAUUUGACAAGGAUAUAGAUACUGACGAAGAAGAAGAACAAAGUACAUUAUCUCAGAAAGUGGAGGCUGACUACUUCAAAGUGUUGACUUUGCUUUUCUUCUUGACUCAAGUUAAUCUACAAGACCGAGAUAAUGAGCACUCAAUCGAAUUUCGCAAAUACUUGGGUGAAGUUGAUUUUUUGACGACUAUUUUCAGAUUUAUAGAACAUUGGAAGUGGUAUCCCAACAACUCGUAUAGAAUACGAUAUCUCAUUACGCUCGUCAACAACCUCAUUCUUUUUGAAUUAGGCGGAGCGACGAACUUGAAAGCAUGUGACAAUUUCCUUGUUGAUCUCCACCAAAUCAAAAACAAAAAGGGAAGAGAUCUUGGAGAAACAGUGUUGACUUGUUCACCACUAGAUUACUUUGCAUUUAGGGAAGAUCUUCUUGAUAAAUUCCCCUUGUAUGAAAAUACCGAAUUGAAGGCAUUUGAUUUUACGGAGUUCACACGAACAUUAGAACGAGAAGAUGACAUCGACGACACCAGCAGUAUCCAUUCUCAUGAAAGCACAAUUGAGGGGAAGUACAAAUAUUUCAUGGCUGUCAAUAGUUUCUCCAAUUCUCUCUCGAACUUGAUGGAGACGCCAAAGACCACUAAAUCACAUACUGUUUUGAGUCAAUUACCCACACAAACAGUACAUAUUGCCACACCGGUACCAUCACCUACAUUUAAUGCUUCUGAUUAUAUGUCUGGUGGAGAAAAAGUAAGACGAUCAUACCAAGUGAAUCAAGCCAUGCCAUUUAUUUAUCCUAACCUACCAGCAGCUAGUACCCAGCAAGAAGUUGAUGAUGAAUCGCCCCUGUCCACAGUUACGGUCCCAUUGGCCAUGAAGGAAGCUGAUGAGAUUUUGAAGAAUUCAAUAUAUGAAAGCUAUUCCAUUAAACGACUUUGGAAUGAACGAGAGAAGUUUAUGAUUCAGGAAAGAGGGUAUGUUAAUGAGUAUCAAGAAGAGCAACCAAAGGACGAGUUUGACUAUGACUAUGACGAUUUGAAGCAAAGAUUCCCUGAGAAGAUGGAUGUUAUUGAAUUAUUACAACGAGUUGACAAGAUGUAUGCUGCCAAUGUAAGUCGAUUAUAUACUGUAGUUGAAGUUCUAAUGGAAACAAUCAAAGUCAAUAGAAUGGACUACAAUUUAAACUUUGCUGAAUUAGAAUUAAAUCCAGAAACGUCAUUCUUAUCGCGCAAUGGAGUACCCACCCCUGGUGAUGCUAAGUUGAAGAGCAUCGAACAAACAAAGGAGAAAAUUAGAUAUGUGUUGACCCUGCAAUUGGAAGUGUUGAAUGUAAAGGAAAUAACCUUGAAAGCUUCAACCAAUAUUGUCUUGCUUCUUUUGAAAUGGUUCAAGAUUAGUCAUGUUCUCAAGUAUUACUACCUUUCCUCGAUCUUAUUUGAUCAACAAUUCUUUACUGUGGCCUUGGACUAUCUUUCGAGAUCAUUCAACAAUGCUAAUUUGCAAAGCCUCAGUAAGGACGAAGCUAAAAAGGAUGAUUUGACCGAGUAUGAAAUCUUGAUUAACCAGAAUAAGUUGAUGAAUCCAAAAGUUGAGUUGCCAACAUAUGAUUUCUUCAAUAACUGUCUCCAGGUGUUCCCCGAUGGCAACUACAGAUACAAAUUCAUCAACAAGGAGUUUAUACUGACGUUACCAGAACAAGUUGACGCCAACAAUAUCAACCACGUCUACAUUAAGCAUUAUAACAGCAACUUCGCAUUCAUUCUUUCCAAUAUGCUCAAGAUAACCAACAAGAUUCUCAUCAAGAACCAAACACAACGGAUUUUCACCUUGAACGAUCUAAAGCCAUCUGAAUUAUACAAGAUGAUUCUUAUGAAUUACGACAAUGAUGCAUUCACCAAACCAAUUCUCAAGACGCUAAAGAAACUAAUUCCGUACCAGGGUCGUAAAUGGAAGCUGAUAAACAUGGACUUGAUCAGUCAGAUCUACCUCAAUUUGAAAUUAUCCAUGAAGGAUCAUUGGCUAAGUGGUAAAGAUCUUGAGAGUGAUUUCAACAAUUCAUAUGAUCAAGAAAUUGCAUUAAGAGGACUAUUGCAGUUUUACAACAUGCGCAAUUUCCCUAAACAAAUGGAGAAGAUUGGAUACCAGGUCAAUCACGAUUUGGAUAUACCCGUAAUGAACUUGAAUGAUGAAGAUGAUGGGUACUUUUAG